AUGUUCUGUCUUAUCAAAGUGUUGAUAUAUGCGGUAUUUUUGUGGUUCAGUGUUCUUCCGGUGAAAGGGCAAAACGAUGGUAACCGAACACUUGGGAAUUUUUUUGACUUCAGUAGUUUGUUUGGGUUGGACUAUGGCGAUCGCGAGCCGGAAGUGCAAGAAAACUAUGAUUUUGUGAUAGUUGGAGCGGGACCGGCAGGCAUUGUGGUGGCUAACAGACUUAGCGAAAAUCCUGAUGUGACGGUUCUUUUGUUGGAAAUCGGUAAAGCGGAAAUUCCUAUGCUGCAGCAAAUUCCGGGUAUAUUCUUUGCACAGGCUGCAACCGAUUAUAAUUUCGGCUACACAACGGAACGUCAAAAGCAAGCUUGUUUGGGGUUGGUCGACCAGAAGUGUGCUUGGCAUCAAGGAAGAGGACUUGGGGGAUCAACGAUCAUUAACAAUAUGCUGUAUGUGCGAGGUAAUCGAAGAGAUUUUGACUACUGGAACUCUACCGGAAAUCCAGGUUGGAGUUAUGAUGAAGUGUUACCUUAUUUCCUGAAAUCUGAAAAUGCCAACGUGAAAGAUUUCGACGACAACGGAUAUCACGGAAAGAAUGGGUAUCUUUCCGUUGAAGAUGCUGUUUAUAGGUCACCUUUGGCUGAGGCUCUGGUUGAAAGUUGUGAAAAAAUUGGUUUGCCAUAUGUUGAUUACAAUGGCAAAGAACAGUAUGGAUCUUCCUUUGCGCAAUUCACAAUGGAGAAAGGAAGACGAAGAUCUGCGGGGGCUGCAUUUCUUAAUCCUAUUAAGCAACGGAAGAAUUUGCACAUUCUAACUAACGCAUGGGUAACUAAAGUGUUGUUCAAAGAAGGAUCUAAAGAGGCAGAAGGUGUUUUGUUUAGCAGAAACAAGCGGAUGACUAAAGUGAAUGCGAAUCGUGAAGUGAUUCUUUCGGCAGGUGCUUUUGGAAGUGCCAAACUGUUAAUGCUUUCAGGAGUAGGGCCAAAAGCUCAUCUGCAAGAACAUGAUAUCGAUGUUAUUCAUGACUUACCAGUGGGAGAAACUUUAUACGAUCACCCAGCUGUACUUGGGCCAGUUUUUACAGCCUCCAAAUUAAAAGACAAGAACAAAAAUAGUAACACCAUGCUUACAGCAGAAAACAUCCUCAAAUACAUGCUAGGAAGUGGACCGUUAGCUUCUUCGUUUUCAGAAAGUUUCGUAUACUUCAGAACUCCGUUUGCUCCAUACCCCGAUCCCAAGUGGCCGGACAUUGAAUUGAUACAGCUGUUCACCAAUCCAGGCGAUGAUGGCACUGAAUCGGGACGGAAAUAUUUCCGUAUCCAUAAGAAAACCUACAAAAAAUACUUUGCUCCACUCUACAACAAACGAGCCUUCAUGUUUCUAACGCUUCUGAUGCAUUCAACUAACAAGGGGUCGAUCCGUUUAAAAUCUAAAAACCCGUACGACCAUCCCGUUUUCAAUUAUCAAUACUUUGAAGAUGAACGCGACUUGGAGGCGAUCGUUCAUGGCAUGAAGGGUGCGGUUGCCAUUACUAGUCAAAAACCUUUCCAGGACCUAGGCGUCAAACCGUACACCACUAAACCACCCGGCUGUGAGCACUUGGAGUUCAACAGUGACGAAUAUUGGCGCUGCCACGCUAAGACGCUUACCUACGUUGGAUAUCACUUUGUCGGCACCUGCAAGAUGGGACCAUCGACGGAUCCAACGGCCGUCGUGGAUCAUCGGUUGCGAGUUCACGGAAUGCGUCGGCUGCGUGUAGUUGAUGUCGGCAUUAUUCCGGUCUCUCCGACCGGCCAUACCUCGGCUUAUGCCUACAUGAUCGGCGAAAAGGCUGCCGAUAUGAUCAAAGAAGAUAACCAUCGAUGA